AACGUGGCGUCAGGUUGCAACAUUCUUUCCUCAGCGUCUUCUCGAAAAAUAUCCACUCCAUAUAUCUUGCCACUGGAAAUGACCAACAGUCUAUUGCUCUCCACUAUCGGGUUGGCAAAAGCACCAUCUGUGGCAUCAUCCAGGAAACAACAAAUGCCAUCUGGGAUGUCCUCAGUACUUCUUCCAUGGUAGCUCCAUCUACACCAGAUGAGUGGAGAAAAAUAAGCAAGGGCUUUGAAGAAAGAUGGAACUUCCCAAAUUGCUGUGGAGCUAUAGAUGGCAAGCAUGUUGUUAUCCAGUGUCCUGCCCUCUCUGGUUCAACCUUCUUUAACUAUAAACAUACAUUUAGCAUUAAUUUAAUGGCAGCCUGCGAUUCUAAUUAUUGCUUCACGAUGUUAGAUGUUGGCAGCCCAGGUCGCAAUUCCGAUGGUGGUGUUUUUGCAUCGUCAGGCUUUGGACGAGCUCUUGAAGGCGGUUGCCUACAGCUUCCGGCACCAAGAAGGCUCCCAGGGGGUGAAGAAGAAGUACCGUAUGUGUUCACAGCUGAUGAAGCUUUUCCGCUUCAGCACCACAUCAUGCGGCCUUAUCCUGGAAGACACCUGGAAGAGAAGAAAGCCAUUUUUAAUUACAGGCUGUCCCGGGCACGAAGAACUAUCGAAAAUACCUUUGGUAUUUUAGCUGCAAGAUGGCGAGUAUUUCGCCGUCCCAUCCAUGCCAACAUCCCUAAAGUCAUCUCCAUAGUCAAGGCCACUUGUGUCCUCCACAACUGGUUAAAAGGUGCCGAUCAGCGAGUACCUGGAGAAAGUAGGCAUUACUGUCCGCAGAAUUUCACAGAUGCUGAGAGUGAAAAUGGUACAACUGCUCCAGGAGGUUGGCGGGAUGAAGUUACUGAAGCUGAUGGAAUGAGAGAGAUCCAACACCUUGGUAGUAACAACUACAGUCUUAUCUCUGCAACCAUAAGAGAAAGUUUCUGUGAGUAUUUUGUAUCACCAGAUGGAGAAGUCCCUUGGCAGUAUGCCCAUGUAAGACGAGGCUUCACAUCACAAACUCCUGCUAAUACACUGUAGUCUAAUCCUGUUUUUUGUGUUACGUUUGCAGUCCAUCCUGCAGUGAUUGCGCCAACAAAAUAAUAUUUCUGCUUCCAAUUACAUGACAUUUGAAAGUGGGGUGUGUGUAUCUUUGAAGGUUAAAGGUAAUAUACGGUGGUUGUUGGUGCCAUGAUUUCACAGGAUGCUUGAGACUCUUAUUCGCGUACAGUCAAGUAAGGUUUUUCAUCAUAAUUUGGUAGUUUUAUUGUUUUAUGUUGCAUAGGGCUAGCGAUCCCAGAUGAAAAUCACACAAUUCUGCUAAAUCAAUUUCAAAAUUCUUCCAGAUUUUACAAAAAUCUGCUAAAUUACCUAGAAUUACACAAAACCUUCAACAUAAAAAAGAAAUCUUAAAUAUUUUUUUUUUAAAUUGGCACGUGUCUAUAUUGCCCGUCUAAAAUUCUAAUUACGUACUUUACUGCACAGUGUGUAGGUGUACAGAGAGCUGCUACUCUUAGACUGGCCUGCCUACAUGUGUAUUCCCGCUGUUCAAGGGUUUGUUUGAAGCGAUUGAAACUUGUACAUUUUUUUCUGCUAGGAUCACCAAUUUUACAGAAUUCUGCUAGAAAUCUGCUUAAAUAUCAUAAUGCUAUAUUUUCUGCUACUUUCGUUUCUUCAAAAACAAUUGUUAGAUCUAGCUGAAAAUCGGUCACUCUGAUGGUGCAUGCAAGAUUGUUAACUAACACAUGUCAAGCAAGGGCACUGUGCAAGUGCUAUAAUUAUGUAAAUUUAUGCCUGUCACACCUUUAAAGGGCAUCUUGUAAUUAUGAAGAUUUUGUAAAAUAAACUAGACCUGAUGAUGUUUAUUUUUCUAAAGGCAAGCAGAGGUAACGAGAUUAAAUUGCAAUGACAUCCAAACAAAAUGUAUUACUGAACAUAAUGGCAAGAAGAAGGACCCUUGGAGUUGUACUGACCUUCUGUGUAUAAACAGAAACACACGCUUUACAAAACUUCUAAAUUCUUAACAUAACUUUUUAUUUCAUUGCCUGUUGUAAAAUUGAAAUUACACUUGUAAUCAUAUUCAAGAAGUUGUAAAUAUAUUAAAA